GUAAAAUAUACCACAUGUUUCAUUUCUUAUUUUUUAUUUUUUAAUUUCAUUUAAAUGUAUAAUAAAAUUUCGAUGUUAUGAGAUUUUUUUCGAUAUCUUUUUGAAAACAGGGCCUAAGCCUAAAACAAAAUCUGUACAGAAGAGUUCACACCAUUUGGAAUUUACAAAUUAAAAGAUGGUUCUUCAUUUUGAUAAAACGGUGUCAUCUUCCAUAGAUGCUAGAAAAAGAUUGUUGAUAUCCAAACAUUUCGAGUAUCUGAAAGGGAAAACACUUUUCAACGAUUACGAACUAAAGUGCAUGCUCCUACUAUAUGACAAACUCUCUCCCAAGAAGGUGAUGAAGAAGGCUGAAUUCUUCCAGGCCUUGCGAGUGAUGGUCGGCGUGACAGAUAACCCGAUCCUGGAGCGGCUCUAUUGUUCGCUGGAGCUGCCCAGCAUGCACGGCAUCAUGUUCGACCAGUGGGUCAGUCUACUGUCCCUCUACAGCAGGGGAACCCUCGACGAGAAGACCGUCUUCACCUUCAUGGUGUUCGAUACGAUGGGAACAGGUCAUCUGACGAGAGGAACAGUGGAAGACAUGUUAUCCCAUCAACUGGGCAAGCAGUUUGGGAACGUAUCGGACGAGCAGAACAGGAUAUUUAUAAAUAUGGUGUUCUCGGCUCUAGACCAAGAUGGAGACGGUAGAAUAAGUUGGGAAGAUUAUCGGAAUACGAUAAGCAAACAUCCAACCAUGAUCAACUGCUUGGGCAGAGUCAUACCGGAACAGAACGUUAUGGAUGUCUUCCUGACCACGUUCACAAGGCAGGUGGGUCCCAAAUACUCUCUCAUGUAUUCCAAGGGUUUGGGAAGGAGAACGAAAAUGAGGAGUUUCAUCUCUGAAAAAUAUAAAACUGCGUAACCGCAUCAUUGUUUUU